UGUUGGCCUUUGGGGCGUGCUGAUUGACUGGAGCUUCCGGUAGCUGUGGCGUGUACUUCACGGUCCUUCUCGGUCGUGGGAAAUCGUAAAAGCGCUCUCCGGCACAGAGUCACCUGCAGUCAUUACAGGACGCCUCGCCUGUGAGUUUAAUCCGCGGAACCGGCCAGUGUCAGCAUGUCGAUGCUCGGGACCGUCGCAAAGCAGCUCAAGAACCAUCCAGCUCUGAUCCCCCUGUUCAUUUUCAUUGGCGGUGGGGCAACCAUGAGCAUGCUGUACCUUGGCAGACUGGCGCUGAAGAAUCCCGAUGUUUGUUGGGACCGCAAGAACAAUCCGGAGCCUUGGAACAAAUUGGCGCCCAAUCAGCAGUACAAGCUUUUCGCAAUAAACACGGACUACUCCAAGAUGAAGAAGGACAGGCCCGACUUCUGAGCCCAUCUCUCAUACUGUUGCCCCCAACCCCCCCCCCCCCCCCAAAAAAAAUGGAGCCUUCAUACAACGCUGACUGAAGUUCGGGUCGCACGGUGCGCUGCUGUCAUCCGUUCAUGCAUAAAAUGUGAAUUGGGGGGGGGGGGGGAUCGUGUAUUCAUCAGUGACUGUACAAAUAAAACUGGCAAGCACCUGUUUGAGUAAAUUUUGAGUUUAUUUACUGUUGUAAAUUAUUAAAAAGUAUUGAAAUCA